AAAAAAAAAAAAAAAAAAAAAAUUCUUAGUAUGGCUACCAAAACAAUGCAACCCAACAGUAUUGUAAUGAAAAUUUUACUAUACAGUACAAUGUAUAUCAGACAUUUUUUUUUGUCAAUACCAACAUGUUCCCAGUAAGCACAUUAUUCAAUAGUAGUAUAGGUUCAAUAUUGAAUCAAUAUUAUCAAUGUUCUGACAAUUUGGCAUUAAAUUGGUGUUGCUAUUGGAUAUUGUGCCACCGAGUUACCCCUUCAUGUCUUAAUUUUUAGAUGUACAAUGUGGUGUAAAUUGUAUUCACAACUUAAUACUGAUACGGUACCUAAGUCCAUAUAACAUCAGUGAUGUAUGUUCUGUAGUUUAUUUUUUUCAGAUAAAACAUGGCAAAAAAUUAUGAGAAAAUGUUGACAUAUGAAGAUAGUGAUGAUGACAGCAAUAGUGAUUCAUUUCCAUGCCUUGGGGAUGAGUAUGGCCAUGGUUCAGGAAGCUCCAAGCCAACAAGAACUGAUGUAGAGUCCCUGAGGAAUGCAGAGCGUUCAGACACUCGUUACUACGAUCACCUUGAGAAGCUUGCAGAGGAAUUGAAAUUGUUUGACAUCAAAGAAAAUGAAUCUUUGCAAAUGGAACCACUUGUAGAUGUUAAAGAAAGUCAGCGUAAACGUUUGUCACUACAGCCUCCGGGAGUUCCCUUCUUUACUGGGAGGCACCACCAUCGAUAUUCUGAAGAAACCCUUAUAUGGCCAUUUCAAGAGAAGGCUUUGGAAAACUUUGCAAAACUUGACCAAUCCAAAGUUAAAAAGUAUAUUUAUGAAGGACUCUUUCAGAGAGAGUUCUCAUCAAAAUCUACAGUUAAACUUCUAAUGCAGUAUCUCUUCCAUACUAUGUGCUGCACCACAGAUGUCAAGCUACUUUACUCAACAUACAACACCCUCUGUUACUUGUGGGUUGCAAACCAUUCUGAAAUAAAUAUAUGCCAAGAUCUCUAUUUUGCCCUUGAUAAUAUAGGGGCUGAUGUAAGCAAAUUACUGGAGGAUGUUUCAGAAUUCAAGUCACCUGUAAUCAUUCCUACUUACUUUGACUCAAGUGAUGAGGACAUUCCAUUUAGUUCGUUCAAAGAAACCAUUACCUUGAUUCUGCAGUUGCUAAGUGUCAUUCUGAUGAAGAGCAACAAGUAUAAUGAUGAUGAUGUUGAUUUCCUCAUCGGUGUUCUAUUUGCCAUUGGUUUGGAUCCUAAGAUUAUUGAUAGUGGGAUAGACCAUCAUAUCUCUACUUGUAUAGCCAACACACUCAACUUGUAUUCUUCAGACCAAGUUUUCUAUCAGAGAGUUCAAGGUCUGGCAGAGAAAAUUACAAAGUAUUGUGACUAUCACCACCACAAUGUAUCCCAUAUAUGCUGUAUGUACAUAUUACCUACACGCUAUGGAACAAUUCUCAAAUCAUCAGUUGCAUUUGUUCAAGUACAGCUCAGCCUUAAGAGAGACGAGACUGUUAUCCUUGAUGUUGUGAAUGUUGAAGAUGUCGUAAAAUUGGUUGAGGAACAGUUAGAUGUACUACAUAACGAAGAGGAUGCAAAUGUUUUACAUUCAGUUAUGAAGCUGCUGGAUUGUUGUAUAACGCAUGAACCACUUCGUGCUGCCCAGAAGAAGCAUCUUAAGAAGUUGUGUGAACUAAUAAGCCCUAUUGUCACAAAUGUGAGGGAUAAAGGGGAUGACCUAAACCCAACGGUUUUCCGCUUCUAUGCCCAACAAGUGAUUAAAAAAUGGGGAUGGAAAGUGGUGAUGAUUGGUAGGCAGCAAACCCUUGAUGAAUUUCAUGUAACCUCUCCCCAGAAGACGGAAGAUACGAGUCAUUAGAAGUGCAGUUCCCUGACUUUGUUGUUUUGGCUCUUUUGUACUUUUGUUUUUAAUGCACUGUACAGUAUUUGAUACAGAAUGUGUGUGUGAAUCACAUACAGUAAUUGCAAAUAUUGCAUACAUUUUUAACAAAUUUAAUUUAAUGCAGUGUAUUAUCAAUUCACAUCCGGUAAAUGACAUUGAAAUGCAUUACUGUAUGUCAUUUAAUUUACCAUACUGGUAAAAUUGUAUUUUGAGUAUCUUGCACAUAUUUUUGUUAUAAAAAAAUUAUGGAAUGGCUGCUGUUUAUUGGAAAUUGUUCUUGUAAUUUAAACAAAAAUUAAUUUCAUACACCAUCAAAUUGGAAUGUCUGUAUAUAUCUGGAAUUUGAUAUAUACUGUAAAUAAGAGAAGUGAAGUAUAUAUUUUUGUACUAAGUAUAGUUGUAUAUUUACAAGUUGUAUCAUCCUUUUUAUAAUAAAUUGCAAGAUAAUC